AUGGAUAUGGACCAUAUGCAUCAUGACCCCGGCCUGGGCAUGGAGACAAAUUAUGCCUUUGCCCGGGGAUACUGGUACUCCAUCGCCGGCGUUGUCGGCGCUCUCGCUGUCGUCCGCGGCAUCAACUAUCUCGAUGCUCGACAGAGACUAAAAGCAUGUCGCGACCCCUCAGUCGAUCAUCCUACCCGACCUCAUGGCCCUCUUAGCCAGGCUUGGGCCACAGCAACCGCCAUCAUCCGCGAGAUGGGCCAUCCACAGUACUACAUCCGCCUCCGCGGUCUCCAAUGGGCUACACCACUUCCUCUUGGCCGAAUAUGGGUUCUUGCUUGCUACUGGGCUGUCAUCGUCUACCUCAUGAGCUGGAAGGUCUCCAAGAACGACGUAUACUACUGGGAGCGCAUCGGAUAUCGCAACGCCUGGGUAACUCUCACGCAGUUCCCGCUACUAUACCUUCUCUCGACAAAAGUCAACGUCAUCGGCUUCCUCAUUGGCACCAGUCACGAAAGGCUCAACUGGCUGCAUCGCUGGGUUGCGCGAACCAUGUUUGUCACAGCGACGGUCCACGGCUUUCACUUCUGGACCAUGUGGGUUCGCGCCGAGUUUCUCGACUACGCCCUUGAGAUCAUGCCUCUGGUCAAGUACGGACUCGCAGCUUGGGCGAUACUACUCUGGAACGUUGUUACAGGCAUCGUGCCUAUUCGGAGGCUUUCAUACGAGAUUUGGGUUGCUCAGCAUGUCCUGACCAGCAUCAUCAUGCUGUGGUUGUUACACAAGCAUAUCCCUGCAAACGCCCGGUGGUUGCUAUGGAUGAGCAUCUCGUUUCUUGUGUUUGACCGCGCCAUGAGAUGGAUACUCUUACUUUGGCAGAAUGUCCGCAUUCGAUCCAAUGGGUCAGCUUGCCAGGGGAUGAAGCAUCUAGGACAUCGGGUGGCUGCCCGGGUUGUUGGGCCUUCAACAACUGUCAUCACGAUCAAGGAUGUUCACUUUGAGUGGAAAGCUGGCCAGCACAUUUACCUCUGGCUUCCUCGCUUGGGACCAUUUGAGGCCCAUCCUUACACCAUCGCUUGCGCACACAAGAUAGAGGGCACAUGCUGCUGCAACAGCAUACAGCUGGUCGUCCGGGCGCAUAACGGCUUCUCGAAACGAAUUCACCAAUACGCGACCAAGAAUCCAUCAUCAGAGCUCACGGGCUUCGUGUCAGGGCCCUACGGUGUUCCUCCACGAUGGGACAUUUUCGAGACGCUGGUGCUCAUCGGGGCAUCAACCGGAGCGAGCUUUGUUGUUCCCAUUCUUGAAUGCGUGGCCGACGCACAAAAGGCCAAUUGUACGCGAAGAGUAGAGGUCGUGUUGGUUGCCAGAACAUCAGAGGAGAUCCAGUAUUACGUCGAGAGGGCCGAGGAAGCAGGGCGAAUGGUGAGGGCCAAGGGCGUGACAGUGAGCAUCCACGUUGCAAUAACAGGAGCCAGUAAACCCAUUGCUUCACCGGAGCCUCAAAGCCAAAGCGACUCGGACGAGAUCCAGCCUACAAAGACAGGCUGUUGCUGCAGCGCGCCGUCAGAAAAGACGCCCGACGAAAAGGCAUGUUCCAGCGACUCCUCAGCAACGCCAGAUCUCAUGCGCCAAUACACGAGUCGACCUGAUAUCGAGGCCCUGAUCCGUGAACCCGUGGAGCAGGCCUGGGGCGAGACGGGGGUGGUUGUCUGCGGCGGGCGAGAGAUUGUUGCACGGACGAGGAAUUGCGUGAGCCGCUUAAGCGACGAGAGGGCGGUGCACAAGGGGACAGGGGCUCAGGGAAUUGGAUUGCAUGUUGAAGAAUACUCGUUCUAA